UGUGCCUUGUAAUGUGUGUGUGUGUGUGUGUGUGUGUGUGUGUGUGUGUGUGUGUGUGUGUGUGUGUGUGUGUGUGUGUGUGUGUAGGGGGUAAAGUUUCGCGCAGAAGGCGGGGGCGCGGCUGUGUAGUCCUGUAGCUGAGACUCUGGACAGACCUGGUGGUUUCAGGGUGUCAGGAGGCAGUACUUUGUGUUUUUUGGGGGGGUGUGAGCGCAGCAGAGCGGAGCGCAGUGAUCCAGUGACAUCCAGUUGGCGGACUUAACCCGGGACAAGCCUACCUCACCUGCACGGAGGAAACUCUGUCUCUCUCCCUCUGUCCCAGUUCCCUCUCGUUUUUUUUUUUAGGGGGGAAAUAGUGUACAGCCGGCUGUUCUUUGAGGAUGGAGCGUGUGUGGGACAGCGUUUCCUCCGCUGGGAUGUUUAUUCUCGGGCUACUCUCGGCGCUCGACGGAGUUUGGGGUUUCAACAUUCACGCAGAGCAUCCUACGGUUUACAGGGGACCCGAUGGGAGCUAUUUCGGUUAUUCUGUGGACUUCUACCAGGCUUCCAGCGGCAGCAACACGAUCAGUGUGUUGGUGGGGGCUCCCAAGGCGAACACCUCCCAGCCGGGCAUCGUUGAGGCUGGAGCCGUCUACUACUGCCCCUGGCCCGGACUCCCUGACAGCUGCAGGCAGAUUCCUUUUGACAAUUCCAAUAACAGAAUGAUAAAGGUAAACGGCACCAGAGAGCCUCUGGAGUUUAAGUCCCACCAGUGGUUUGGAGCAUCGGUUAGAACACACAAAGGAAAAGUGGUGGCGUGUGCUCCUCUCUACCACUGGCGGACGGUGAAGCUGAGCGGGGAGAAGGACCCCGUGGGGACCUGCUAUGUGGCCGUCCAGAACUUCAGUGCCUACGCAGAGUACUCACCCUGCAGGACCAAUGAUCCAGACCCAGAGGGACAGGGGUUCUGCCAGGCUGGCUUCAGCGUGGACUUCACCAAGGAAGGAACGCUGGUGGUAGGAGGACCUGGAAGCUUUUACUGGCAAGGUCAGGUAAUGACAGCGGGGAUAGCUGAGAUACUGAACGGCUACUCUUUGAAGGCGGUGCUGAGACGGGUUCCAGGGGAGAAACACACCAGAGCCGCUGAGGACACACACGACGACAGCUACCUUGGUUACUCUGUGGCGGUGGGGGAGUUUACAGGAGACUCUGAACAAGAGCUGAUAGCUGGAGUCCCGAGAGGAGCGCAGAACUUUGGAUAUGUGGCGAUGAUCAACUCCACCAAUCUGACCUUCAUCCAGAACUUUACAGGGGAGCAGAUGGCCUCCUACUUUGGCUACUCGGUGGCUGUCACUGACCUGAAUGGAGACGGGACCGACGACGUGCUGGUCGGUGCGCCCCUCUACAUGGAGAGGGAGAUGGAGAGCAAGCCAAGAGAGGUGGGGAGGGUGUACCUGUACCUGCAGACGGCCCCGCUCACCUUCACCAAACCUGUCGCCCUCACCGGGACGCUCGUCUUCGGGCGCUUCGGCACGGCUAUAGCACCCCUGGGGGACCUCAACCAGGACGGAUACAACGACGUGGCAGUGGGCUGUCCGUUCGGAGGCGACGAGCGUGGAGGCAGAGUAUUGAUCUUCAACGGUAACAGAGACGUGUCCACGCAAGGCCUGACGCCGAGCCAGGAGCUGAGAGCGGCCCGGACCCCGCGAGGCGGCUUGCCUGGAUUUGGAUUCACCCUGCGAGGAGGCCAGGACCUGGACAACAACCAGUAUCCCGAUCUGAUUGUGGGGGCAUUCGGCUCAGGCGAGGUGUCGGUGUACAGGUCACGAGCUGUAGUGUCCGUGGAAGCUGAAAUGAUCUUGACUCCCAGAAUCCUGAACCCCGAUGACCGACAGUGCCACCUGCCUCAGACAGAUAUCAUGGUCACCUGUCUGAAGGUGGACGUGUGCGCAGCAGUGAGUGGAGUGGGGAUCCCCAACUCUGUAGACCUCAGAGCGGAGCUGCAGCUGGAUUGGUUGAAAGGCACCAGAGGCGGCGUAAAGAGGGUUUCGUUCCUGGACACCCAGCAGCCUCAGCGAACAGGGACCCUGACGCUGGGUCACAACCGGCCGCGUGCAUGCCGGAGAUACACCAUUUACCUGAAAGAGGAUGAUGAGUUCAGGGAUAAAUUGACCCCUAUCUCACUGGCACUGAACUACAGCUUGGCUCCACCCUCUCAUGGCCAAGACCUCCCACCUAUCCUCAACCAUUACAGCAGCACCUUCCUUCAAGAGCAUGCCUACAUUCUCCUGGACUGCGGCGACGACAAUGUUUGCAUCCCUGACCUCCAGCUCUCUGCCACCAUGGACCGCUCAGAGCUGGUGAUUGGAGACGACAAUCUGGUCUUGCUGACCAUCACUGCGGCUAACCGAGGAGAGGGAGCCUACGAGACCGAGCUCCACACACUGAUCCCACCAGAGGCCGACUAUAUUGGAGUGAAGCGUAGCAUUGAGUCCCAGUCUCAGCUAAACUGCGAGUACAAGAUGGUCAAUGAGUCCAGGAUGGUGGUGUGUGACCUCGGGAACCCGAUGGUGGCCGGGACAGAGCUGUCUGUUGGUUUGCGGUUUUCUGUCCAAAGGCUGGAAGACGCCGGACCGAAGAUCAGCUUCGACCUCCAGAUCCACAGCUCCAACAAAGAUAACUCCGACAGCAACCCAGUCAGCCUGAAUCUGUCCAUCGUUGCCGUGGCCCAACUCAAUUUGCGCGGGGUGUCCCAUCCCUCUCAGGUGGUGCUGCCAUUCCCACGCUGGGAGCCCAAAGACAAGCCCGUCAAGGAGGACGACGUGGGGCCGCAAGUAACACACAUCUAUGAGCUCCAUAACUCUGGCCCCAGCAGCAUUCAGCAGGCGGAGCUCCAGGUCGGCUGGCCCGCCCGCUUCCGUGACGAGAACCUGCUGUAUGCCAUGGAGAUUCAAACUGACGGACCAGUUAGCUGCAGGACGAACACCAGCCUCAACCCACUGGGCCUUCAGAUUUCCUCUCUCCAGGACACACCUGAGUUAUUGGGUUUCCUGAGAAACACCAGCGCUCCUCAUCAGCGCCACAAACGAGCCGCCACCGCCGCUCAGAGUUACAGAGAUAAAACCCUGAACUGCACCAACAUCUCCUGUCUGAGGAUCCUGUGUGUGGUUGGCCGCCUGGAUCGCGGGCAGAGCGCGGUGGUCAAGGUCCGCUCGAGGCUGUGGGCUCGCACUUUCCUGCAGCGGCAUAACGACCCCUACAUUCUCAACUCAACCGUGUCUUUCAUGGUCACGGCCAUGCCUUACCGCCUCCAACCCUCCGCCCUGCCUCAACACACCACCUCGAUAGGGACCCUGGUGUUAUGGGGCACACCUGAUGUGUCGUUCGCUGUCCCGCUCUGGGUCAUCAUCCUGGCCAUACUGCUGGGGCUCCUGGUGCUGGCCAUACUGACAUUAGCCAUGUGGAAGUGUGGUUUCUUUGACCGGGCGCGGCCACCAGCCGACGACAACGUCUCCGACCAGGAGCAGCUGACGUCCGAUCACACGGGAGAUGCCUAGGACAACCCAUGGCCGCUCCUUGUGGGAGGAUUGUGGUUUGGGAGGGAUGUUGCACCUUCUGAGUAACUUCAACCAGAUCUGAGAUCUGUAUUUGUCGGACCCUGCGCUCCUUGGCUGGAGGUCUUCUACCUGUUUGGUAAUGAAACUGACCGAAAGGACAGACUGAAGACUGCAGCGCCACACAGACAGACCGAGGUUCAGGCCAGACACAGCGGGACCGAAACACACUUAACAGGCUCAAUCACACACACAUGUCCAUUGUUUAUCCAUUGUGAUGAAGCACCAGAACUGAAGACAGAGCGGACUCUGUUGCGAAGACAAUGCUUUCUGUUGCUGAACUUUUUUUUUUUUCGUGUGUCUGUGUAAGUGAGGCACAAAGAGACUUGAGAUCUACGCACAAGUGCUUUUAUGAGUGUGAGAGUGUGUGUUUGUAUAGGUACUGUGCAUAUAUGUGUUUGUGUGGGUUUUAUAGGUGGCUCUGGUGCCAUCCGUUCUUUCGGUUCUGAUCUUCUGUCCCCGUCUGAUUUAACUUAUCCUCAUUUACUUUCAGCUCCACACAGACUCAUCACACACCUACAGAUGCAGCCAUAUGCAUAAACACGAGGGCACAAAGAAGAUGUGUAUAUUUAUGAAUGUAUGUGCAAUAUUUGAGCGUUGCGAGAUACUGAAGCUUGUUUACACUGGCAUUAUUUUAUUAGAGCUUAAAGUUUCCAUUGUUUAUGUAUAUAUAUGAUUUAAAUAGUGUAUUAGAUAUUACUAUUGUGAGCAACAAAAGAUUUACAGCAAAGCCCCACCACCAAAGUCUGGAAACAGAGCAAAGUGAGGAGACCAAUACCAAAAAAAAAAACCCUAACUUAUUGCUGUGUUGAUAGAAGGACUCCAGGACUUUAUCUUUGAAGAAACAGCCGAAGCCCUGCCAGUUCAAGGCUCGCGUGUGUCCGUUGUUUUGAUUUUUCUAUCUAACGCGGCAGCUGAUAAGCAGUCCAUAUCAGAAAACACGCUGCAGACGGUCUGCAGACUGUGUACUCUACAGCGCGCACUCUACGGCAUUUAACAAUCUCGUCUUUCGUUUAUCUGAUAUUAGCAUAUCGCGCACACACAGGCGCAACUAAGCAGCCAGCAGCACCCUGAGAUUAUCGGUCCAUGUGUCAUGUUUGAGUCAGAUUUGGUUUUUGUAUCAAGUGUGAAGUUUUGUCACAAUAAAGUGUUGUUCCUUCUUCUAUUA